CAGAGAAGCAACAUUCGAUUGGCGAUUGUAGGUCGAACACGAUGAAUGGUCUACAAUGUUUUGUUGUGAUUUUGGCGAUUGCCAAUGGGGCAUUCGCGUUACCCCGAGCGGAGCAAAGUGUAGUGCAGCGGAUGUCCAGGCCUAGGAUUCCAAUUCGCGAGGUCAGAGAACAGCCAAUACAGUCAAGCAUCGCGGACGAAGCGAUUCCCCUACCAGUGGCACCAGAGGCACCAGAAGCUGUCUUCCCACCGGCACCAGAAGCAAUGAUCGAAGAAGAACAAGGCAUGCCUGCUGCAGUAGAAGAGCAAGCCAGAAUUGAAGAAAUUAUUCCUGAAGCAGCCAGGGUACCUCAAGGCAGGGUUGCUCCCAUCGAACCAGCAGAACCGAUUGAAACGCAUAGUGCAAUCAGGCACACGCCGGAGGAAAUGUUCGAAUCGUUUGCCCCAAUAGAACCCGAGGAGCGGUUUGCAUCUUUUGCUGCAGAUCCUGCCGCAGGUCCUACUCAGAUUCCUACAGGUGGUUCUGGCCCGAACCCAUUCCAGAUGCCAGCUGCUUUCUGCAACCCGGGAGAGUUCAACAACCGUCUGGACGCCAUCAUCCGUGAAUUGGAUGAGCUGAAACGGUUCUGCGGCGGGAAUCGAGUCGGAAUGGUCGCACAAUGAUAGUUUGCCUUCGGCGAGCGGUCAUGCUUAAUUAUUUCGGCAGAGCAAAACACUAAUACAAUUUCAGGCGGUAACUGGUGGUAAUGCAGCUUUUUAAAAUUUCAAAAAAAAAAACGUCAAGCCCAAAAUUUUACAAUCUUGUCUUAUCUUGUUCGUGAAAAAGAUAAAUUCAGUGACAGUUUAAAUGUUUCGAUUAAUAUUUUUGAUUUUCUUUGAGAAUACAAGCUAAUUAUAACCGACUGCUAAAAACCUGUUUAAAUCCACCUAGUGGUGCAAUUGUGCCUUUCUCAUUUAUCCAAAUUAUGAUUGAAUGCCUGGUUACUUUCAAUAUAACAUUGUGGAAAUGUC